AUGACCCUCAGUCCCUUAAGGCAGCCGCAGGGGGUCCUCUGCCUCUGCUCUCCCAUCCCUAUUGUGCACCUCACUAAUGUCCAUUCUUCUCUCAUGGGAAAAGCAGCGCUGUGGUCAGUGUGGGCGCUGCAGCUCCUCUCCAUCCGCUGCUGUGUCCACUGCCCUGACCCCUGGCCGGAGCUCACAGUGGGGAUUGGGUGCGCUGCAUUCAAGGUGUUGCCAUCUGCGCUGCCCCCUCCUCAGCAGACAGGCCCCAGUGUCCCGGCCUAG